AUGAAGGCGGCCUGCAUAAUACUGACGAUCAUUAUUUUCGUCGCCAUAAUGGCCGUCUGUGUGAUGGUGAAGUUCGCCACCGAAAUCACCGUUGAAGACAGGAAGAGGGAGUACAUGCCGGGUAACGGGGGCGUCUACGAAGUGGCGAAGUCAAUCGGCGUGUUCGCGCUCAGCGACAACAACACGACACCGAUCGCCGAAAGGUUCCCCUACGUGGCCGCCAUCACUAGGAACUCCUCCAACUCGUGGUCGUUCGCCUGCUUCGGGAGCGUGAUCCUGGUCAAGUGGGUCGUCACCUCAGCCCACUGCCGCCGGCCCGGGGCCACGCACAGGGUCCUCCUGCUGCACAAAUACAUCAAAAACUACACGCACACGUACCCGAUUCUGUUUUGGCGCAUCAACGACAAGUACAACACGAGCGUGCCGUCCGCCGUCAACGACAUCGCCGUCGCCAAGCUGAACCUGGACGCGCACCCGUCCAUCUCCAAGUCCUCGCUGAUCGACAGCGGCGCGGUGAGGGAGGUCGAGGCGACAAUAUGGAAGACGGUGUCCACGAUGGCCCGGCAGGUGUACCUGACGAAUCACUUCGACAAGUUCGACGUGAAGAUCACGCUGCCGCACAGGUGCUUGGAGAGCUACGGCGUGAAAAUGGACCCCAGCCUGAUCUGCGUCGACCUGUCGGACUACGAGGACUGUUUCGUUCACGAGUUCGGCCCGAUAUACUCCGGUGACAAGUUGGUCGGGAUCCUCGCGAUGAAGCCGCGGGAUUGCGACCUGAAGUUGGCUAUCUUCACCAACGUGUCGUACUACGCGGAUUGGAUUAUGAGGAUCACGAACGCUCCCCUGUACGGA